ACACACAGAUUCAGCAGACAAAAGGGAAAUAAAAUUUCAGAGCCUCUUCUGAAACCAAAAUUUGAAAGAGAAAUUCAAAGAAGAGAAAGUGGGCAUCAAAUUGAAGCAUUCUCUCAUUGCUAAAUCAAUUUGUUUCCAUGUAUGGCCAACCCAGCAACAAAUGAAAGGGCAAAGACAUAUAGUGGCCAUUUGCAGGUGCACUUAUAUAAUAGAGGGUCACCUUUCACGAUUUGGUAUGAACUAUGAAGUUUUCUUCAGUAGUUUUCAGCUGAGGAUGCUCCAAUUCUCCUCCACCACUUUCUUAAAUAGUUUGGAAACAUGUUAAGAUUGCACUAAAAUAAACGUGAAUCUAUACACGUUCUAAAAUCACUCUUAAUCGCAAUCUCCAAAAGGACUCUUACAAAAAGUUGAUAGCUUUUCAUGAUAAUUCCAAUUCAGCGACAGCAAAUAGAUGUGAGCUUCAGUUAUAGCACAGCCCAUUAAAGAAUUUUCUUGUUAAGGAAAUUUCAUUCUACCAGGCUCAAUUCCAUUGUGUUAUUAUUGUUAAUGACAUAGAGGUGGAGAUUUUAGUCUUUGAUUUGGAAUUUGGAACUGAUUGCUGCUUGUCCAGCCACAAAAAUGGCUCUGGCUCCGAUUUCAAAAGUUGUUCUAGGCUCUGUUGCUUUUGCAAUCUUCUGGGUACUAGCAGUUUUUCCUGCUGUUCCUUUUUUACCAAUUGGGAGAACUGCAGGGUCCUUGCUAGGUGCAAUGCUUAUGGUCAUAUUCCGAGUUCUUAGUCCAGAUCAAGCUUAUGCUGCAAUUGAUCUACCAAUUCUUGGUCUUCUUUUUGGAACAAUGGUUGUCACUGUUUUUCUUGAAAGAGCAAAUAUGUUCAAGUACUUAGGGAAAUUGCUCUCUUGGAAGAGUAGAGGAGCAAAGGACUUGCUUUGUAGAAUCUGUUUUAUUUCAGCUGUGUCAAGUGCUUUUUUCACCAAUGACACUUCUUGUGUUGUUUUAACUGAAUUUGUGUUGAAAAUUGCAAGGCAACAUAACCUCCCACCCUACCCUUUUCUUUUAGCACUUGCUUCAAGUGCUAACAUUGGGUCCUCAGCUACUCCAAUUGGGAACCCUCAGAAUUUGGUUAUAGCUAUUCAAGGUAAAAUAUCAUUUGGAAGUUUUUUAACUGGUAUUCUUCCAGCCAUGCUUGUAGGAGUUGUAGUGAAUGCUAUAUUUCUUAUAGCGAUGUAUUGGAGGGUAUUAACUAUUCAAAAGGAUGAAGAGAAUCCAGUUUCAGAAGUUGCUGAAGAAGAGGUUAUUACCCAUCAGUUUUCCCCUGCCACGAUGUCUCAUUUUGCAUCCUUUAACUCUCAAGAAUGCAAUGGUUCUUCCGAAUCUACUAAUAAUAUUCAAAACACUUGUCAAGUUCAUGUUGGGAGAAACCAAUCAAAUCCAAGUGCAAGUGAAGUUCAGAUGGUUCUUAGUAGCACAAAGGAUUCCACUACAAACCCAAAUGAAACAAAGGAGGGGACAAAUGAUAAAAAGGAGGAAACUAACCCUUCAAGAACUGUUGCAAUAGUUGUAGAUAAACCAAUAGAAGCACAUGAUUUGCACUCUUCAGAAGGAAAGGACUAUAUGAACGUAAAAUGGAAAAGGAUGUUGUGGAAAUUUUGUGUUUAUGCAAUCACAUUACUAAUGUUGGUUGCAAUGCUUAUUGGUUUAAAUAUGGCAUGGACUGCAAUUGCAGCUGCAAUAACUUUGGUGGUUCUUGAUUUCAAAGAUGCAGGGCCAUGUUUAGAGAAGGUCUCAUAUUCACUUUUGAUAUUCUUCUGUGGAAUGUUUAUCACAGUAGAUGGCUUCAAGAAAACUGGAAUUCCAAGUGCUCUGUGGGACAUAAUGGAGCCUUAUUCAAGGGUAGAUCAUGCUAGUGGAAUAGCUAUACUUGCUAUAGUUAUACUUGUCCUAUCAAAUUUUGCUUCAAAUGUACCAACGGUUCUAUUGCUUGGAGGAAGAGUUGCAGCCUCAGCUGCUGCAAUUUCCAAAGAAGAUGAGAAGAAGGCUUGGCUCAUCUUAGCAUGGGUGAGCACUAUAGCAGGGAAUUUUUCACUUUUAGGAUCAGCUGCCAACUUGAUAGUGUGUGAACAAGCACGUAGAUCUCCAAACCAUGGAUACACAUUAACCUUUUGGACUCAUCUGAAAUUUGGCCUUCCUUCCACUCUUAUAGUCGCCGCUAUAGGUUUGACACUCAUCAAAUGAUAAGAAUUUGUUGAACACCAAUGAAUCUUAUCGUACAAGUUCACACAAGCAUAAUCAGUUUAUUGUAAUAUAUUUUUAGGGUGUGUCACAAAAUAUAUGUAGAUGAAUAAGUAUUUUAGUGCUUUCAUCGUUGAUCAUGCCAAAUAUGUUAAUGACUAUAGUAGUUCUGAAAGUUUUUUAGGUAUGUUUUGAAAUUUCAACUAAUAAUAAAUUGUAGUUU